UUGGCGAAACGAUUUAGCAUGCAACUAAACAUGGGCAGUCACCUCUUUCACACCACACACUCUGCCUUCUGAUUUGGUACAUUGGGUCUUGGGCAAAACGUAUGCUGCAGAAAUUAUGAAGAUGAAGAUGUUCAGCCUCAUUUUAUGACAGGCUACUCGUACAGUACCUUAUCCUUGUACUUUUAGCCGGGGUCAAAAAUUGCGGAGAGACACGGAGGCAAAUAAUGGAGGAGGCCCUCUUCCGAUGCUCGCAUCCGAGAGCGUAACACUUCACGAGCAAUGUCUUUAUCCGACUGCGAAUUUAUUUUCUCACUUCAUAUAUCUCUACGUUACUUGGGUUCAAAACAGAGCGUCCUUCCUGUCUCCAGACUGAUACUCUACUAGACACCGUCGCAGCUCGAGUCCACCCCGUCUCAUCGCCGCACCUCCCUCGAUCCACUGAAGCACCUCCGCCAUGGCGAACGCCCGAGGUCUCAAGCAGAUCCUCUCGAAACAGCCCACCGACGUGGUCAUUCUCUCCUCCCUCCGAACACCUGUCACGCGAGCCGGAAAAGGCGGCUUUCGCAAUGCCUUCGACCAUGAGCUUCUCUCUCACGUCCUGCGCGCCACUCUCGCCGCCAACCCCAACCUAGACCCUGCCAAAAUUGACGACGUCGCUGUGGGCGUCGUACUCGCUGAGCUGGGUGGAUCAAAAGCUGCACGUAUGGGACAACUACAUGCUGGGUUCCACGAGACCACACCCCUGCAUACGGUCAACCGAGCCUGCAGUUCAGGGCUACAGGCCGUCACAAAUAUCGCCAGCAUGAUCACAACUGGACAAAUUAAUGUGGGCGUGGGUGCUGGAAUGGAAAGCAUGACUCGCAAUUACGGCAGCAAGGCCAUUCCGACCCUACUGUGGGACGAGGUAAAGAACAGCCCCAACGACAAUGUCCGGGAUUGCAUCAUGCCCAUGGGCCUUACGAGUGAGAAUGUGGCGAAACGAUACGGUGUGAGUCGAGAUGACCAGGACGCUUUUGCUGCAGAGUCGCACCUCAAAGCCUCCAAGGCUCAAAAGGCCGGACUGUUUGACUCUGAGAUUGUGCCAGUAAAGGUCAAGCAGACAGAGCCCGAACAUCCUGAUGUCUCCACAGAGGUUGUGGUAGACAAGGACGACGGUAUCCGACACGAUGCCAGCAUGGAGAAAAUGGCCAAGCUAAAACCCGCAUUUUCCAAAGAUGGCUCAUCAACAGCUGGUAAUUCAUCACAAGUCUCCGACGGAGCAGCCGCUACCCUGAUGAUGCGACGAUCCACAGCAACGGAACUCGGUUUGGACAAGAGCAUUAUUGGAAAGUGGGCUGGUACUCAAGUUGCGGGAUGCAGACCGGACGAAAUGGGUAUUGGACCUGCGAUCGCAAUCCCGAGACUGCUCGAAUACACGGGUACAAAGACAGAAGACGUGAGCAUCUGGGAAGUCAAUGAAGCAUUUGCCAGCCAAGCCAUAUAUUGCAUCCGUAAACUGGGUCUAGACAUGGACAAGGUCAACCCCAGGGGUGGCGCGAUAGCACUUGGCCAUCCAUUGGGGAUGACAGGUACACGACAACUGGCGACUUUGAUGCCGCAGCUAAACCCAGGUGAGCUGGGAGUUGUGAGUAUGUGUAUUGGUACCGGAAUGGGCAUGGCUGGUUUGUUCGUCAGGGAGUAGACGUCUUCAGACCUGUCGUUAUGGUCAUUUUAUAAAUUUAUAGCAUUGGCA